AUUUUGCAAGAAAUACGUUUUUAUCGAUCUUUACAUUUUGAGAUAAUCGAUUGGUGGAAAGCAGAGAGGUUACAUCGAGCAACAUUUCAACGUAAACAAAACAAGAGAUGCGAUGGGCAGUUGGGUUGGUUUGGUACACUUUCUUCUUUGUAGAGGUCUCUUCGGCAGGCGAGCAGUCCUGGCUGCCGGGCAUGUUCGGAGAGGGAGGCUCCGAUGCAAAACAGGAAAGGUCAUGCGAUGAGAGUGCUUGCACCAUUUACAUGAUGCGAUUCCUGAACCAUCUGCUGAGAAGAACAAACUUGCAGGGUAUUCACCUGGCACCAGGUAUGGAUGUUAAAGUUCCAAUGAAGCUCUACUUCAACUCGACGUCACUGCAAAUCAUCCAGGCUUACGCUACGAAACGACGCCAUGAAUACACCUGGGCGGACCUCGACAAGGCAAUGUUCCUUUUAUUUGAGGAAAAGCUCGCCCAACAUGCUGAAGAGAUUGAAGAGACACCACGUUUUUUCCAGCCCGACAUUCGUCCCGAGUUCAUAAUCGUUGUAGUGAUCGGUUCAAUCGUGCUGAUAGCGUUCUGGCUCGUCCUGACCGGCGUCUCCCUGACCAAGACAUUUCUCCUCGUCUUCACGAUCGCUUUCAGCAUAGGUCUUGGUUUCACUUGGUGGAUUGAGAUUGAGGAAAAGCGAAUCGAGGCACUCGUCACGCUCGCAGAGAUGAACAGCAUACCUGAAGAAUGCAUUUCAACCAGUUCCACAUACAUGAACCAAAUAAAAACUUGGCUUUUCGGUUCUAGUAAAAAAUGCAAGCAAUAUCACUGGGCGCAAGUCGAUCCGAUGAAGAAGGUCGUAUUCAGCAACGUCCUGGCCAAAACAUUCACAUCGAUGUGUAUGACACCUCUGCCGAUCAUUGGCGAUGCCCUCGGCCACAUGACGGCCAACUACACGAGCCGCUUGUCCUGGCUUUCAGAAGUUAUUGCAUGGAUCAUUGUGCCAAUUGUAUCGCCUAUCUUUGCACUCAUGUGCAUCAUUUUCCUCAUGACUAUCAUCCUUGGGCGUGGCUUUAGAGUCUCGCUACCUUUCUUCUCGUACAGUUCACAGCCCGUCGUCGAGCCAAUCAGAGAGCCUGUAAAAGUGACAGCACGCCAGAAGAAAUUCCUGAAAACUGCGCGUCACAGCAUAAAAGACUCGAACUUCUCGAGGAAUUAUUUCUUGGUGCAGAAGAGCAGAAGUGAGGGAAACUUUCUGGAAGACAAAACCCGCUCAUAUUACGAACGCCACCCAGUAAAGAAGGCCAUCCGCCAACGCAGUGACCUCACUUUGUCGCACUUUGACCAACCGAGGCGGCUCAGGCAAAAGAUGAAGAAGAACAUGUUCAAAGACAGCGAGAGCGAAGAGAGCAGCUACCAGGAUAAGAUAGAAUACAAACAGCCUUCGUCGAAGUUCGUUCCGACUCGAAUCGACUCUGACUGCAUGGAAGAAAGCGAGUACUCAAUGAUCAACUAUGACGAACGGUCAAGCACGAGUGGCCAGAGCGACAUCGCAGUCAUUCCAGAAACGGAGACUGAAUUGGACGAAACGAGGGUUUUGAAAGCAAUAAACUGACAUUCUUUGUUGAAAAAGUAUAGAUAUCAUUCGGUAAAUGGUACAAUUUCUUUACCACCCCCCGUCACAACUCUUUCAAUUGUAAAAUAUUUUUUUGGUUUUGUAAUUUUUUUUUUUAAAUAUUUUAUUUGAGAGUCUUUUUGAACUAGAUCUAAACCGAACGCCGAUUUCAAUCACACCAGGAAGGAUGAAGACUGUGCGGUAUAAAAGGGUGUCAAGGGACGGUGUUGUUAGGUCGAUUG